GAACAACUUGAAUAACGUCACCGAGGAGCUGAAGGAACCUGCCAUUAACCUGCCCCGGGCCAUCAUGAUCGCGUUACCCACGGUUACGCUGUGUUACAUGCUGGUCAACGUCAGCUACCUCGCCGUCAUGAGUCCGGACCAGUUACUCGCCUCGGAAACUGUUGCUGUCGUGUACGGGCACGCACUGCUGGGGACGGCGGGAAAGCUGGUCAUGAUCCUGGCGGUGGUUUUAUCAACUUUUGGCGCCGCCAACGGCUCAGCGUUCACCGCAGCGCGGUGGGUGAUACCUCGUCUGGGGGCGUGGGAGUGA